UAUUCUCGACGUCUCCCUUAUUUAUCUGAGUUAAAGAAUCGAGUGAUUGGAACACGAUAAAAUGCAUGUGCCGUUGGAAAAUACAUUCUAUGCCUCUCAGGGACAGCGCGGGACGGCACACUCAUUGAGGACCAAUUAUUGUCUUUUAGAUGGCAUAUGUAUUGCCUCCGAAGCCAAUCUUUUAUUAUCUCUUUGUAAAGGAGGUCAUUAGCUUAAAAAAAAAAUGAAAGUACUCUUUGUAGUUUAAUCCAACUUCCUGUUUAUUUUCUGGAUAUUACGGCAUUCCAAACCUACGCCAGGAGACGGAUCACUUUUUUUUAAGGUCUCUUCCUACAGGCGGUGCUUCUCUCAGACAGCCAGAGACGUUCACUGGUUGCUUCAGGGGAAAGGCAGAGAUCACUGCAGACCCUGUCUCCGCUGCUGUUGGGUUAUGCUGCUGGGCGUUCAUUGGCUGGGAGGGAGAGAAAUAGACAAUUAACCCAUCACAACGGUCCUCCUUUUAUCCGAUUUGUCAUCUAUCGACAUUUGGAAAACACAAGAACCUUGUGAAAGAGGACAAGUCAUCGUCCAGAGGGAUCCAUCUUCUGGCAUCAUGGCCGGAUCCUCCCUUUACGGCAAUGAGACCCCUCCAAUGUGCUUUUCCGUAAACAGAUCUCUCCAUUAUAACCACCCUAUCGCCUCACCUUACUUUGCUGCCACAUUCACUGCUGUGGGCCUCAGCUCCAACCUCAUCGCCCUAAUCGUCCUGAUCAGGGCAUACCGGAGGACCCACAGUCGAUCCCGCUCUUCCUUUCUCAUCUUCCUGUCUUGCCUGGUGGUGACAGACUUCAUGGGUCUACUGGUGACCGGUCCCGUCGUUAUCUCCUACCACACCAAGCGCUUCAACUGGAGUGAGGUGGACCCGCACUGCCACCUCUGCAACUUCAUGGGCAUGUCCAUGGUCUUCUACGGCCUGUGCCCGCUGCUCCUGGGGGCGGCCAUGGCGGUGGAGCGCUUCAUGGGCAUCCGGAGGCCCUUCUCCCGCUCCACCCGCAUGUCCAAAGGCCGGGUUCUGCUCACCGUGCUGCUGGUGUGGAUGUUUGCUGGCGCCGUCAGCCUGCUGCCCAUGAUUGGGCUGGGCAGUUACCACCUGCAAAGCCCAGGAUCCUGGUGUUUCUUCAACAUGAGCUCCCAAACCACAGACCUGAUGUUCUCCUUGUGUUACUCCCUGGUGGGACUCUUAUCUCUGGCUACAUCCUUCAUCCUGAACACGGUCAGUGUGAUGACGCUGCUACGCAUCUGCUGUGGACGGAACACUUCUCGACGGCAGCGGAACCAUGAGGUAGAGAUGAUGAUGCAGCUCAUCUGGAUUAUGGUCAUCACCUCUGUCUGUUGGUGCCCCUUUCUGAUACUCAUCCUGCAAAGCACGGUGUUUGGGGAAGCCAGGGACCAGAACCUGAUGCUUUUCUGCUUGCGCCUGGCCUGCCUCAACCAGAUCUUUGAUCCCUGGAUCUACAUUCUGUGUCAGUUGGCCUUAAAAUGGAGAGUAAGUUCUAAUGCAAAGAGGCGCCCCUCUGUGGCAAGCUCUGUGUUUCGGAACGGGUCAAACUCUUUCCGUCUGAUAGUCGUCCCUCAGAGAAAGACACCGCCGUCCUGCUCAGGAGCCACCUCUCCUGCAGGCUCAGUACGUUCUUCUGCAGAUGGACCAGUCACAUUAAGCACCAGGUCCAAAAUUAAUUUAACCCAUAAGCUACAACCUACAAAAGGAGAUGAGAUCAGGUGUGACUCAUCAGUUCUCAGAGUUAUCUGAAAACUAGCUGGAGAGCUGUGGUUUGGAUGGACCUUGUAGCACCUGGAGGCCAUCCUGAAGAGUGUCACUGGGGUCUACACAGAAGAUAUCCAGUGUCUGGUCAAGGAGCUGAGUAAUGGGGGACAGAUGGAUGGAUCCUGUACCAAAGAGGAAGAACGCUUGCUGUGAGCUGGACUGUGGAGUUCCCGUACAAGCAUCCAAGUAAAUUAUGCCUAACUCUUACCUUUUCUUUUCUCACUAGUUAAUCAAACGUUCAUUGUCCCCCCACAUCCAUCGUAUAACAGUAAAUGAAUUUCGCCACGUUUUGUAAAUAUUGCCUUUGCAUUAUUUAAUGUAUAACUUCUGCAUCUGAACUUUGACCUUCAACCAAAGACAAAACAGGCACGAGAAGCCCUGAGCACCACUGAGGGGGAAAACCAAAGUGCAGUUUAUCUUACAGAAAUUAUUCCAGCUACAUGCAGCCGUUUGCAGAAACAAGGGGACCGGACAUCUGGUCCCUGACUGGGCUUAUACAGUAUGGGUCUCCUACUGCGCCAGCAUGUGACAAUGAGAGUUAUAACUCACUCUGAGCAUUUUAGCAGUGCCUGUGUCACCAUUACGCAGCCAUGAAGAGUCAGACCUGUAAAACACGGCAGUCGUAUUUGCAAAGCUGUGAGAUAUAAGACAAUUUAAAAAGAAAGUAGUGCAGUACAGGCUGCAGCAGCGCAAAAUGUGUGGGUACGAGUAGAAGCUAUUUUAAUUAAAUAUGUAUAGGCAAGAAUCCUAUAGAAUGUGGUGUCACCUACCGUAUUCUCUGGUAUAUCAUAGGAAAUGCACAACAGGGUUUCUGAUUCUUCUUAAAAACACACACACACAAAAAUGUAGAUAUUACUUUAAGGGGCAAAAUGCUACAUGCAGAAGUAUUACAUUGUAUCAAGCGCUGUAGAAACCCUGUAGCCAUGAAACCAGAGAUGUCUGUAGUUUGACCAUUACAGUUUAAAUAAAUAUACAUUAUGAUCUAAAAGUCUGAUUUUACUGGACUUUGUCGACUUGCAGGAGUAUGUGUCUGCAAAUCUGAACGUGCAUCCUUUAUUACUAAAGACAUAGCAGACAGGUUAUUUGAAUUUUAUUGACUUAAAUUUUUUUUUGAACCAUAUGUACUGAAUUAAUUCAGGAAAUAGUUCUUUGGUUCAACCAAUAAUAACUCGCUUAUAAUUCACUAUAAUUUGAAAACUUGCUUUUUUGAUGGCAACUCACAUAAAAUAGCUAAACAUAUGUCUGUACCAGUCUAGCAGCUUUGCAGCUUAAUAAGUCACUAAAUUGUAUAUUAUAUAAAUUCCAUGAACCAGCUGCAUAAACAACAGAAUCCCUCAUUUGCAUACAAUGUGCUUUUCUGUGAUAAAUCUAUACCUGGUUGUUAAUGGUUUUUAUACAAAUUGUAAAUGACUGUGUGUCACACUAAUAAUCAUAAUUAUUCGUAAAAUGUAUGAAUUACAUUCAAUCAAGUGUAUACAAAAAUGACUAAUUUGAAAUUGCAUUUUAAUAAUGGAUUUUUAGUGAAGUGCAUUUAAGCACUGUUGGGGGAAUUAUGGUUUGUCGAUUGGCAUCGCAUGCUAAAGUGGCUGCUUGUGAUGUUGAGCAAAGACAGAGACAGGAUUAAAAGUGGCAAGCAGGCACGUGUUGUGAGAAUUAAUACAUUAAUGCCAGAGCCACUUUAACAUGGUCAGGGGUCCCACUACUAUUUUCCAUGAUGAUGUAGCUGCCAUUCGGGAUAUUGGUGACAAUAAAAAGCCCCUGUGCUUCA